CAGAGGGCUGGAGGUACCUUCACGGCUCACCUCGUCGGCUUCUGGGUCUCACCUCACCGGUACAAGCUGCAAUAUGUCUAGACCGAGAGACUACAGCAGCCAGUCCUACUCCCCCGGCAUCACGGGGCCGGUCAAGAGCUUCCCGACCGACGACAAUAACGACACGUCGGGCAAAUCCACGGAGAAGGACGACAUGAUUGGACUCAACGACAAGUUCGUCCGGUUGAUCGACAAGGUGAAAUACCUGGAGGAUGAGAACAAGAAGCUUGACACGAAGAGGAAGAUCCUCAAGGACCAGGGCGACUACGAGGGGAAAGUUGACGACAUCGUCAAGCACCUGGAGAACGAGAUGGACCAGCAGAUCCAGAACCUGCUCCAGGACCAAGAGAAACUGCAGGCGGAGCUGCUCCAGAGCCAGGAGGAGGUGGAGGACACCAGGAGGAGGUAUGAGGAGGAUUUAGCAAAGAAAGCUGAACUUGAGGACGAGUUUAUUAUCACCAAAAAGGAGGUGGAUGGAGGUCACUUGGAGACAGUAGAUCUGGCCCUGGAGCUGGAGGACCUAAUAGGGAAACUGGACUUCCUCAGGCUUGGCUAUGACGAGGAGAUCAAGGAGCUGGAGUCGCUCAUCCAAAACGAGACAGUGGUCCUACGCGACAACAGCAAGCGGUCUCUGGACAUGGACAAGAUCAUCGAGGGAGUCAAGAGCCAGUACGCCAACAUGGCCACCCGCACCAGGGAGGAAGCCGAGCAGUGGAACCAGAACAAGAUGGAUGCCAUGGCCUCAACUGCAGGACAGCAGGAGAAGGAUGUGCGUGAUUUGAGGAGGGAGAUCUCCGACCUGGUGCGCCACAUCCAGAGGCUCAACGGGGACCUGGAGGCCCUCCAGAGGAAGGAGGAGUCCCUGAAGAAGAACAUCGUCGACGUGAGGGCAGAAGGAGACAAGAACCUGGAGAUGUCUCAGCAGGACAUCGCAAAGCUGAAGGAGGCCUUGAGGCGGGCCAAGCAAGACUUGGCCGGGCAGAUCCGCGAGCACCAGGAGCUGAUGAACCUGAAGCUGGCGCUGGACAUCGAGAUCGCCACCUACCGCAAGCUGCUGGAGGGCGAGGAGCAGAGGAUGAACCACCUCAUGCGCAACGCAGACGUUCCUCCGCCAUCGAAGCAACACCUGCCCGAGGAGCCACGAGCCCCAAAACCCCCCGUUGUCCCGGCCGACGCCGUCCUCCCGGCGCCGUACCCGGCCUCCAAGAAGUGCCUGCUGAUCCGGGUGGAGGUGGAGGCCGGCAGAGUCGUGUCCGAAAGCUCCCAUUACUCCGAAGAUUGACCAGCGAGGUCCGUCACACCUCUCCGUCUACAGCAUUACAGUAAAAUCCGCAAAAUGUGAAUAAAAUAAUAAAUUAAAUAAAUUAAACUCCUUGGGAAUCAUCCAGAAAGUGGCUUUUAAAUGCAAUAGUCGCUGUCCGUGUGCUUUCUUGCAUAACAAAAGCUUCUUGGAAGGUGGGAUGUUUUUUCCUAGAAUCCAGAGACGUUUUUGUUUAUGUCAAGCAGUGUGUGUUUUAAAAAUCCUCUCUAAUCUUUGUUGGCCUUCUCAAAGACUCGUGUUCUCGGUACCAUCGUUGUGUGUUCCCUCGUGCCUUUUGUGUCUUUGUGGAAACGAAAAGCACCCGUCUGACGGUGUAAAGGUUACGUGAACAAUAAAACAAGUAACAAGG